UUGGCGGUCACGCGCGACGUACGCCGCCGCUAGUAACGAACUCCUAAUUUCAAAUCUUCAUAGUAUUUUGUGCUAGUGUUUCCAUUUCAAAGAAGAAAAAUGAAGACUGUUUUCUUGCUCCUGGCUCUCGUCCUGUGCGCUCGCUCUGAAGACGCAAACAAAAAAGUUGAAACGCAAAACAAGGACAAAAGACAAACCGAGGAAGGCGCUCCCCAUCUUGUUUACAGAACAGCUAGGAAACAGGAACAAGUUGCACCGGUUGAGGAAAAUCAGGAAGAUGACAAAGGACUCAGGGAUCCUCAUGAAUACCGUCCAGGCCAAGUGUUCUCUGUAAAUGCCCAGGAGCUAUUGGAAUUACAGCCAGAGAGGAAAGCACCUCUGUCAAAUAACCAACAGCUGCAACAGCUAUAUGUCAACCCCCAACAGGAACAGAGACAGAAUAUACAACAGUUCUAUUAUUUGGAGCCACAGUUAAGCCGUCAGGUAGCUUUUCAGCCAUCUCAUGCUGUAAUCGCUCGGCCAAGCUAUUCUUCGAAUGGAGGUGAAGCUUCGGUAGGCGCAGCACUGGCAGUUAGUGAUACUGGUGCUAAUUCAGCUGAAUCAUUGGAUCAAGAAUUAUUAGCUCUAUUGGGACACCAAUUAAGACAGGAUGAUGGCCGUCCUCAAACGUUCACUCAGCUACAACAGACACCGCAACCUCAUUUGACAACACAAAAUUCAAUCCCUCAAUAUCAACAGGUGGACAUUCCAUAUGUUCCGAAACCAAGUAAGAAACCAACUAAACUUCGGCCCAAAGUACAAAUGACCCCAACGCCAACUUCAGCGGCACCACAACAAUAUCUAAUUGAAACAACAAACGUCCAACAGCAGCAACAUCAUCAACAACAACAACAACAACAACAAUUUAGACCUAUUACACAAAAUCAGAGGGUUCCGCAGACUCUUCGUUACGUUCCUAUUCAAACAGCUCCAUCAGCUCUGCAACAAACUUUAUAUGAACGUCCAGAGUCUCAAGGCCUAAAAAUUGUACCUGCGCCCAAACUUCAGCAGCUCAACCCACAAUACAAUUACAGAAUACAGUAUCAACAAGAAGCAUCGCCCAAGCAAUUUAGGAUUAUUGAAACUCCUCGACCUCAGCCUAUUAGGCAAGAGCAACCUCGACUUUUAACUUCGAACGAAAGACCAGUUACUUAUUUGAAACGUUUCCCAGAGCCAGAAAAAUUGCGAGCCGUUGCUGAUCAAAAUGUUCAGGAAGGUCUGUCAUCAGUUCAGCGCCCUACGCAAAUUCCUGAACAAUACUACCUUCGCCCAGUGUACAGAUCUAAUGAACAAAGAUCACGCUAUGAGUUGCAAGGUAUGGCUCUUAGACCUACCGAACAAUCUCGGAGCAUUGAAACAGUAAAACCAUUAUCCGCGAUAUAUGUCAGCAAGAAUAUAACUCCAAAGAAAGUUUUAAGACCUCUCAUAAGAUUAGAUCAAUCAUCGAAAGUUGAGCAGCCUCAGAGAGAGCAAGCUUAUAGGAUAGAGCAACAACAACAUUCGGGAACAGAACAAGCUAACGUUGAGCAACAACAAGCCCAAAGCCUAGAAGAGCAAAGAGCACACUUACCUCCGCCCAGAAAUAAUAAAGCGUAUACUCCAGAAGAAUUUGCAGCUUUGCUAGCUGCUGGAUACUCAGUAACGCCCGUACCAGUUGGUCAAACAAAUCAUCAAGUGGCUCAAUCGAGAUCAGCAUCUGAAGCAAUAACAGUUCAACAACGGAGGCCUAUGUACAGCAGACGCCACCAUUACCUUCCAUUGAGAGGAGACGACGCACCUUAAAAAACUAAAAGAUGAUGUACAUAAUAUUAGAUAUAAUUUUAAUGAUAUAAAACUC